AUGUCUGGUCGUGGAAAGGGUGGCAAAGGUCUCGGCAAGGGUGGUGCUAAGCGCCACCGCAAGAUCUUGCGUGACAACAUUCAGGGUAUCACCAAGCCCGCUAUCCGCCGUCUCGCUCGCCGUGGUGGUGUCAAGCGUAUCUCUGGUCUGAUCUACGAUGAGACCCGUGGUGUCCUCAAGCUUUUCCUUGAGAGCGUUAUCCGUGACUCGGUUACCUACACUGAGCACGCCAAGCGCAAGACUGUUACGUCGCUCGACGUCAUCUACGCGCUCAAGCGCCAGGGCCGCACCCUCUACGGUUUCGGCGCGUAA